AUGGUUUUCAUCCUGCUUUGUGCCUCAGCCCACUUUUCCUUUGCACGGAGGACGGAUGGACGUCGCUGGUCGCUGGCUUCUCUCCCCUCCUCUGGCUAUGGGACAAACACGCCCAGCUCCACAGUUUCUUCGUCCUGUUCCUCCCAGGAGAAGUUGCACCAGUUACCAUACCAACCAACGCCGGACGAAUUACACUUCUUAUCGAAACAUUUUUGUACCACCGAAAGCAUCGCCACGGAGAACAGAUGCAGGAACACACCGCUGCGCCCCCGCUCCCGGAGUCUGAGCCCUGGACGUUCUCCCGCCUGUUGUGACCAUGAAAUCAUCAUGAUGAACCAUGUCUACAAAGAGAGGUUCCCAAAGGCUACAGCUCAGAUGGAAGAGCAUCUAAAGGAAAUCAUCACCAGUUACUCUCCCGACAACGUCCUUCCCCUAGCGGAUGGAGUGCUCAGUUUUACUCACCAUCAGAUUAUUGAACUGGGUCGAGAUUGCUUGGAUAAAUCCCACCAGGGUCUCAUCACCUCCCGAUACUUCCUUGAAUUGCAGCACAAAUUAGAUAAAUUGCUACAGGAGGCUCACAAUCGUUCAGAAAGUGGAGAGCUGGCAUUUAUUAAGCAGCUGGUCCGAAAGAUCCUCAUCGUCAUUGCCCGCCCCGCUCGGUUGCUAGAGUGCCUGGAAUUCGAUCCUGAAGAAUUUUACUACCUAUUGGAAGCUGCAGAAGGCCAUGCCAAAGAAGGGCAGGGCAUUAAAACAGACAUUCCCCGAUACAUCAUCAGCCAGCUGGGGCUCAAUAAGGAUCCCUUGGAAGAAAUGGCGCAGUUGGGAAACUACGAUAGCGGGACAGCAGAAACUCCAGAAACGGAUGAGUCCUUGAGUAGCUCCAACGCCUCCCUGAAACUUCGAAGGAAACCUCGGGAAAGUGAUUUCGAAACGAUCAAAUUGAUUAGCAACGGAGCCUAUGGGGCAGUCUAUUUCGUUCGGCACAAGGAGUCCCGGCAACGGUUUGCCAUGAAGAAGAUAAACAAACAGAACCUCAUCCUCCGAAACCAGAUCCAGCAGGCCUUCGUGGAACGGGACAUCCUGACCUUCGCGGAAAACCCCUUCGUCGUCAGCAUGUACUGCUCUUUUGAAACGCGGCGUCACUUGUGCAUGGUCAUGGAAUAUGUGGAAGGGGGCGACUGUGCAACACUGAUGAAAAACAUGGGCCCUCUCCCGGUUGCGAUGGCCCGGAUGUACUUUGCUGAGACUGUCCUGGCCUUGGAGUACCUGCACAAUUACGGGAUUGUGCACAGAGACCUGAAACCCGACAAUUUGCUGGUCACCUCCAUGGGGCACAUCAAGCUGACAGAUUUUGGAUUAUCCAAGGUGGGACUAAUGAGCAUGACCACCAAUCUGUAUGAAGGCCACAUUGAGAAAGAUGCCCGUGAGUUCCUGGAUAAGCAGGUCUGUGGCACACCUGAAUACAUCGCACCAGAAGUGAUUCUGAGGCAGGGCUACGGGAAGCCCGUGGACUGGUGGGCCAUGGGGAUUAUCCUCUAUGAGUUUCUGGUUGGCUGCGUGCCAUUCUUUGGGGACACUCCAGAAGAGCUAUUUGGCCAAGUCAUCAGCGGUGGUGCCUACGAAGUGAAACAGCAUCGCUUCUUCCGAUCCUUGGACUGGAACAGUUUGCUGAGGCAGAAGGCAGAAUUCAUCCCUCAGCUGGAAUCCGAGGAUGACACCAGUUACUUUGAUACUCGCUCCGAGAAGUAUCACCACAUGGAGACCGAGGAGGAAGACGAUACAAAUGAUGAAGACUUCACCGUGGAAAUAAGGCAGUUUUCCUCAUGUUCCCAUCGGUUUUCAAAGGUCUUCAGCAGUAUAGAUCGAAUAACUCAGAAUUCAGGAGAAGAGAGGGAAGACUCUGGAGAUAAAACCAAGAGCACAGCGUUGCCGUCCACGGAAACACUAAGCUGGAGCUCGGAAUAUUCUGAAAUGCAACAGAUAUCCACAUCCAACUCUUCAGAUACUGAAAGCAGCAGGCACAAGCUCAGUUCUGGCCUGCUCCCCAAACUGGCUAUUUCAGCAGAGGGAGAACAAGAUGAAGCUGCCCCCUGCCCCAGAAGCCCCCAUGAGGAGCCAGAAAAGCCAGUCCUUCCUGCUGAAGAGUGUACUCAGGAGGAGGCUGAGGUCACCACCCCGGCCAGCACCAUCAGCAGCUCCACCCUGUCAGUCGGCAGUUUUUCAGAGCACUUGGAUCAGAUAAACGGACGCAGCAGCGAGUGUGUGGACAGUACAGACCAGUCCUCAAAGCCCGCCAGUGAACCUGCUUCCCACGUGGCCCGGCAGCGCUUAGAAAGCACAGAGAAAAAGAAAACCUCGGGGAAGGUCACAAAGUCCCUCUCUGCCAGUGCCCUGUCCCUCAUGAUCCCAGGAGAUAUGUUUGCUGUUUCUCCCCUGGGAAGUCCGAUGUCGCCUCAUUCCCUGUCCUCGGACCCUUCUUCUUCCCGGGAUUCCUCUCCCAGCCGAGAUUCCUCUGCGGCGUCUGCCAGUCCGCAUCAGCCCAUUGUGAUCCACAGCUCCGGGAAGAACUACGGCUUCGCCAUCCGAGCCAUCCGGGUGUACGUGGGAGACACUGACAUCUACACGGUGCACCACAUCGUCUGGAAUGUAGAAGAAGGAAGUCCAGCGUGCCAGGCUGGACUCAAGGCCGGGGAUCUGAUCACACAUAUCAAUGGAGAACCAGUGCACGGACUUGUUCACACAGAAGUGAUCGAGCUCCUGCUGAAGAGUGGAAAUAAGGUGUCCAUCACUACCACCCCAUUUGAAAACACAUCAAUCAAAACAGGACCAGCCAGGAGAAACAGCUAUAAGAGCCGGAUGGUGAGGCGGAGUAAGAAAUCUAAGAAGAAAGAAAGUCUAGAAAGAAGGAGGUCCCUUUUCAAAAAGCUCGCCAAGCAGCCCUCCCCUUUACUUCACACCAGCCGGAGUUUCUCCUGCUUGAACCGAUCCCUCUCGUCAGGAGAGAGCCUGCCGGGUUCCCCGACCCACAGCUUGUCUCCCCGGUCACCCACGCCGAGCUAUCGCUCCACGCCUGACUUCCCGUCCGGCACUAAUUCCUCCCAGAGCAGCUCUCCAAGUUCUAGUGCCCCCAACUCGCCCGCCGGGUCCGGGCACAUCCGGCCCAGCACCCUGCACGGCCUGGCACCCAAGCUCGGCGGGCAGAGGUACCGCUCCGGAAGGCGCAAGUCCGCCGGCAGCAUCCCGCUCUCCCCGCUGGCCCGGACACCCUCCCCGACCCCGCAGCCCACCUCCCCGCAGCGGUCCCCGUCGCCUUUGCUGGGACACUCGCUGGGCAAUUCCAAGAUGGCGCAAGCCUUCCCCAGCAAGAUGCACUCCCCGCCCACGAUCGUGCGACACGUCGUGAGGCCCAAGAGCGCCGAGCCCCCGAGGUCCCCGCUGCUCAAGCGGGUGCAGUCGGAGGAGAAGCUUUCGCCCUCCUACGGCAGUGACAAGAAGCACCUGUGCGCCCGCAAGCACAGCCUGGAGGUGACCCAGGAGGAGGUGCCGCCGCGGGAGCAGUCGCAGCAGCGGGAGGCCCCCCUGCAGAGCCUGGAGGAGACCGUGUGCGAAGCGCCCUCGCUCAGCCGCGCGCGGCCGGUGGAGCAAGGCUGCCUGAAGCGGCCCGUGUCCCGGAAGCUGGGACGGCAGGAGACUGUGGACGACCUGGACCGCGAGAAACUCAAGGCCAAGGUGAUGGUAAAGAAGCCAGAUGGCCUCCCUGAGAAGCCAGAGCCCCACCAGGGGUCCCAUGGGGCCGGCGGUGACACAGAAGCCCUCCCUCCCUUCCGCCUGGAGGAACGAGAGAGGAAAAUUUUCCCAAAGGCCUUAGAAAGAUCCAGCCACUUCGAGACCAAGGCCGGCUUGCCGGAGGCCCAGGCGUCGUCUCCGGGCAGCCUGCUGAAGGAGGCGCCCCCCAAGAAAACGGGCGCACGGGCCAGCGAGGGAGCCACCCCCGACUCCAAGGGGCCUGCGGCACCCGCCUGCCAGGGCGAUUUCAGACGCGUCUCCCCUCCUGGCGCCCUCCAGGACGGCCUCCCCCACCUGGGCACCAGGCCAGUCCCCGGCAAGGCAGAGGGCACCAAGAAGGCGGCCCAGACCAAGGACUGCCUGGGCUGUGAGAAGCUGGACGGCAAGCUUGCCAAUAUCGAUUACCUCCGAAAGAAAAUGCCCUUCAAAGACAAGGAUGACAGCCUUGGGCCUGUGCUGAAGCCCAAGACGGCACCCAGCACCCAUGACUGCCUGCCCGGGACCAUGACCCGGCCCACGGGUGGCCCCCAAGAGGCCCCGUCAGGUGUAGAGGGUCGAGCGUUUAUCGGUGGUGCCCACACAGCGCAGAUCAGCGCUGUCGCCUUUGUCCCCCUCAAGACCUUGGCUGGCCGGGGGGACAGCGUAGCUGAAAAGUCGGGCUUGGUGGCACCGGAGUCCCCUGUGCGGAAGAGCCCCUCCGAGUACAAGCUGGAAGGUAGAUCGGUUUCCUGCCUGAAGCCCAUUGAAGGCACUUUGGACAUUGCUCUCCUGUCUGGACGGCAGGUCUCCAAGGCAGAGCUGCUGCCCCCGCAGUUGGCCCAGACUCCAGGCCGGGGCAGUGACCUGGGGGCGUCAGCACCACCAGCUCCCUCUGGCAGCCCUGCCAAGGGUGAGACAGCCACUCCGAGGGAGCCCUCCUCCGCCAGCUUGAAGAUGCACAAGUCUUAUUUGCUGGAGCCUCGCUUCCAGCCCCCCAGCCGGGGCCUCCAGAACUCCUCGCUUCCAGCUCCCCAGCAGGACCCAGAGCUGAAGCGGGACAGGAAGGUCACCCAGGCCACUGCCAGAGGCCUGGUGACUGUCUUGGAACAAGAUCCUCAACAAUGCAGAGAGGUCGGUGCCACCAGAUCCCAAGACCACGCCCCCGAUGCCACGCUCCUCCCCUUCCCUGGGCAGAACCUCCCCAGUGCAGCUGGGAGCCCAGAUACAGCCUUACCGCGCAGCCUCCUGCACUCCGAAGGGAGCCCCUCCAGGGAGAAGGCCAGCCUGAGAGAGACACCGGGCAGGGGCCCCGCCAAAACCAGAAGCGAGCGGUUUGCACCAAAGACUGACGUCCAUGGAGACCAGCCCCGGGAGCUGUACCUCCCAGAAACCACUAAAACUAGUGACAGCUUCCAGACUCUCCCCUCUGCAGGGAAGACCCAUUCAGACUUCCGUCCCCAAACCCACACCAUGGAGAGAGCCUGGGGGGCUGGUGGGAAAACAAACCACCAAGAAGGCCCGCAUGAGAGGAGGCCCCCAGCCAGAGAGGACUCCUCAUUGCACUCCACCGGGUUCCCCUGUGAAAGGGAGCUGAGCAAGGUCAGGGGCGCCAUGGAGCCCAAAGCCGAAGGCCCCCCGCCCAGGCGCUCUGUGCAGCCACCAGGAAUGGAGAGUGGGAAGAGUGAGAAGCUCCCAGCUACGCAGAAAGACAGUCCCAAGGAACCUGACAAGAAAGAGCAGCCCCUGCAGAAGCCCCUCAGCAGUAACCCUCAGCCCCCAUUAGCCACCAAAGAAGUCCCCGGCCCAGCCACGUGGCAGCAUUGCAACCCAGCAAGCCAUUCUGCAGGCAGAGAGUCAGGGACCAAGGCUAGUGCAGCUGAGCCCAGCCCUGGCCCCCGAGAGCCCCCCAGGCCUGCUGCUGCCGGGCCGAGUGAAAGCAACAGCCACAAGCCCAGGCUGGGACCAGACCCCGGCCCACCAAAGUCUAAGCACCCAGACCGGCCCCCCUCCCAGAGAGCAAGCACCAGCGGCACUGUCAAGGGCAAGGAGCUCCCCCAGCAGCCCCUGAGCAGCUCCAGCAGGGAGGCAAAAAGCAACAGUAAGGAUGCUUCCCCUGCCAUUCCAGGCACCCAGAACAAAGCCGGAGAUGUGACCGGUCAGGGAGAAAGAGGGCCUUCCCUCCCAUUGCAGACCCCAGGGUGUCCCCUGGACCUUAAGCCCAAACCGGCUGGCGGUGGUUGUGCCCCAGAGAUGUUGGAGAAGCCGGUGCAUUCUCCAGGGCAAGGACACCCAGGUUUGGGCGAGUCGGCUGACCAGAAACUUCCGACCUUCGGUGAAAAGCAAACCCUGUCUCCAAAGCAUCCCAAACCGAUCACUGUGAAAGAUCACCCAGCUCUGUACAGACAGACAGACAGGAGCCCAAGUCAGCCAGCCGCCACCACCACAGACAGGAAGUCUGACGGGAAAAAAUGCACGGAAGCACUUUACGGCCCCGCGGAGAACGGGAAGCUGGAAGCCAGCUCUUCCUUGGCACCCAGCGAGGCCAGGCUGAAAGGCGCAGAGAGACCCGCGGGGGCCGCGGGGAAGGGUGUCCCAGAGGCCAAGGGCAAAGGACUCAGUCCCCAGAAGGGCCCGACAGAGGCAGGCAAGCCAGGCAGCAUGAGACGGUCCCCCUCGGCCACUGGGCAGAGUUCUUUGCGCUCUGGCAGCCUCGUGGAGAAGUCCCUGAGCGCGUCCUCCAGCUUCCCAGAAGGCAGGCCAGGGGUCCGGGAGGCCAACCCAGCAGGCAGCGAGGCCUUUUCUGCCAAGGCCAACGGGGGCACAGCUGAGCCCGAAGCCCUGAGCAACAGGGACCAUAGGAAAGCCCUGCCUGGGGGUGAUGGCAGAACCCAAAUGACAAAGAGCGACUCUCUGCCAUCCUUCUGGAGCUCCGCCAUUCCUCCCGAGCCGCACCACCCCGAGCCCAACCUGGGCAGGAGCACUGGCCACCGGGAGAGGGCCCUCUCUGUGACUGCCAACCUUGGAGACACCAAAGGGAAAGAGCCUCCCACCGCCAGGAAACACAACGUGGGCAGAGAAGUGGCCAAGCCAGCCGCAACUCCAAACACAGAGCGCCCCCUCACCCUUUCCUCCGAGAAGGACUUUGUGGUUCGGCAGAGGCGGGGCAAAGAGGGGGUGCGCACGCACAAAAAGCCCUCAUAACGGGGUGGGGCCCGGGCACAGGACCGUGGAGACCCCGCCUGAAUGUGUAACUAACUGUCUUGACUACCUUUCUUAACCAGCACUGUGUCGGGGGUGUCUGCCAGGCAGAGCAGGGGAGCCUCAAGUCAGGAAGAGGAGAGAGAAAGACAGGGGGGACCUUCUUCCAAAUGCCUUCCCAAUUGUAACCGGUAAACUUACCCUAGAGUGUUUGUACAGAGACAAAAUUACCUUUACAAUUGAGAUUGUUAAGGACAACAAGAGUUUCUCUGUAAAUACCCAGCCAAGUGUUUGGUUUUGAAUAUAGAGUCCAUACCUUGCUGCUGAUGGCGGUGUUUACUACAGCCUUGUUGGGUGUUGUUGGUUGGUGGUUUGUUUUUUUUAAUGAAAUUUUUGCUUUACCACUUAGUUAUCAUAAUGUAGGAAUGAAGCAACAUGUUUAGAACUGGGUGUCUGUGCACCCAUGUUCGUGUAUCUUCUCAUCAACACACAACAUGCUUUAGUCAGUGGCUUACGAGAGUAUUAUAGGUGACCUUUUUCUCUUCGAACAUUAAAAGACUUAAAGAUGAAAGGAAGGCCCAAGGAUAGUAGCUUGUGAGUUUUUAAUGUGCAUUUUUAACCAGAGAUUUUGAUAGCACUGUAUCUGGCUAUACCUGUAGUUCCAGAUCCAAAAUACAAACUCCUCUUCAUCGCUGCAUUUGGGGCCCUCCCCAGGUAGGCACAGAUCGCUCCAUCUGCAGGUCGCCGGCAGCCUAAUGGGUUGUUGACCCUGGGGCCAGCUGACCUGGAAGGUCAGUUGUCCAUGUCUGUGGGUGUGGGUUGGGUCUCCAGGCUAGCAGCAACUAGAGACAUGUGUCAGCGUCACUUCUUUCUUUCUAUCCCUCCGUCUCCCACUCUGAUACUCAGGCCUUUAUGCUGUGAGUCGCUAGUCCAAGAAGCACAUGCUUUGUAACUGUCCUGCCCCAGGCCUGCUCUAGACUAAGAAGGCAAAUGACUGACCGCACACAGCCUGCUAGUGUUUAGGGUUGAGUCAUGAGGAUCCGGCAUUAGAAAAGGUUUUCAAUUUGCUUUGGGGGAAGAAAAGAAGAGGGUUGGAUUUGGGCAUCAUAGCAUAUAAAGAAAUAAUCAGGACAUCAGAUGCAUUUUAAUACAUAGCUGGGGCCUUAUGUUAUAGCUGAAGCUUGCUGUUUUUAGCAAGUUCCUGGGUUUCACAUUCAUUUCCAGUGCAUCGAGUAGCUCCAUAUGUUUCAUAACUUGGUCUCUUUAUUUGUAUGCAAAAAAUAAAUGAAAUCAAUAACACUAUCAAUAAAGAGCAGCAUUUUUGUAACACAGACUUGGAGCUAUUUGGUGUUUGAAUGUGACUGCCCUUUUUACUUUUGCUAAGCCUUAUUUAAAUUUUGUAUAUUGUGGAAUAUGUAGACUUUAUCAAAUCCUAUUAGUACUGAGGGUUUUGAUUUGGUUGGUUGGUUGCAGUUUUGUUUUUUUUUGUUUCGUUUUUUUCUGGUGGCUUGUUUUGUAAGACAGCACUUGCUGGCAUAAGUAGUCAGGCACUAAGCAAGAAUGCACACAGAUACGUAUUUAUAAGAUGCUUGGGAUCUAUAGCGGGAUUUUGUUUUGUUUUUGUAUGUGUGGGGGGUGGGAAGGGGGGAAUUACCAAUAAAUAACUAAUCCAGCACCCAAUCUCCCUUGGGAAUGUCUCAGUGUCUUCAGGCUAGAAAACUGUUCAUAUGAGCAUGGCAUCAUCACAGGGCCCCGUGGAUUGUAAAUCAACUAGCAAGGCUGUAUACUCUGCUCCUAAAACAAAGACCUCAUUCAACCGACUCUUUCAGUUGUCCUUCCUUGUCAAAACACGUUGGCCAUGACAAGAGGAACAGCCUCCACCUUGCACCCGACUAUGAUGUUUGUCCCCCUUGUGGCUAGUCGGCCCCUUUCCUAUCUCUGCUUUCCCAAAUUAUAGAAAUAGAACAAAUAUUUUACACGAACUUAGCUGGAUUUCAAAAGUGGUCUCAACAUCUAUAAUGCAUAUCUGUGUUUGGCGGUGGGCACAACCCAGUCCUUCUGCACUGACACAUCAAGACAGAUGUAUUGGGGAGGCAGGUCAUGGUUUACAGCCUUUGCUUGUUAACUGUCCAGUUUCCUUUGAAGCACAACUAGCUGCUUGUUUACAAAUGAUAUUUUGAUGUAUAUUUUGUAUAGUGUAUUAUCAUUUUUGCCAAAUACAUUUGUGUUGGGUUUUGGGUUUUUUUUGCCUUUGAAUGCGUAUAGAGUACUACCUGUUCGUUGUUGUUGUUGUAAACCUCUCCAGUCAGCUGGUAGAAAAACCCGCCUGUGUUCUGUUUGGUCGGUCUGUGUGUAGUUGUAAGAUGUGCUCCCAGCUGUAGAGUUUACCAGCUUCAAAGUUCGUUAGGAUCUGUGCAAUAAAGUGUUUGCAGUCUUAUUUUCUCUAAGAAAAUUCCCUAUGGAUGUCAUAAUUGUUGUAUAUUGAACAAAUAUUUAUACUUAUGCAGUUGCAUAACAUUGAAAUAAAAAUUUAGCAUGAAAAGAUAA